CUUUCAGCCUCCAGUCAGCACCCUUUCAUUGCGCUUUUUCUUGCAAUUCGGCGAGCCGCAAACAUGAGCCUCAAUGAGUUUGAGAUGUACCGCCGGGACGAGCAUGUCGACAGUUACCGCAAGGACGGCAAUGUCAAAGCUUCUACGGUCGAAGGAAGAGAAGUGCGGGCAGUCCCAACGCUCGACCGGUACAUUACUCGUCUCCCGGCUGUCGCCUUCCCAGCACUCUUACAAUCGUCGUGGGAAGCGGUAGCCGUGGCUUUCGGCGCUGGGCUGCUCAAUGGAGGUCCAACCGCUCUGGUCUGGGGCUCCCUUCUAUGUAUCAUCGGAUCUGUAGCAUUGGCGUUAUCCUUGGGUGAGAUGGCAUCCAUAACGCCAGUCGUUGGCGCUCAGUAUCGCUGGACUGCCUUGUACGCCCCGAAGAGGUUUAUGUCUCCCGCCUUCUGGAGCUUGCUACAAGGAUGGAUCACCGUCUUUGCAUGGAUUGCCGUCUGCACCCAAGUCUGUUUCCUCGAAGGCACCAUUCUCCAAGGUCUCAUUAUUCUCAACGUCGACUCGUACAUCCCGAAAGGGUGGCACGGGACUCUCCUAGCUUGGUCCAUCCUUGCCUUGCCUCUCUUGUGCAACAUCUUUGCUCGAAAGCUUCUGGCUCCUGUGGAAAUCUUGGGAGGUGUUGUACAUGUCGGCCUCUUCGUCACCUUCAUCAUCGUCCUGGUGGUUCUCUCGCCGCGAAGUUCCGCCGCUUACGUCUUCACCGAGACCAAUACCAAUCUUAGUGGCUACUCGAAUGGUGGCGUAUCAUGGUGCAUUGGUCUCUUGUCUGGCGCUUUUCCUUUAGCAGGGUUUGACGGAGUGUUGCAUAUGAGUGCCGAAGUCAAGGACGCAUCUCUCCGCGUACCACAAAGUAUGGCCUUGAGCACGCUCAUUAACGGAGUUAUGACCUGGGGCAUUAUCAUCACCAUUCUCUUUACCAUUGGCGACCCAGUCGCCGUAUCCCAGACCCCCUACGUCUAUCCGAUUAUCCAGAUGCUGUACAACGCGACGGGCUCUAAAGGGGCCACCACGGCGAUGAUGACCUUGGUCUUGUUCAUUGGAGUGGUCGCCGUCUUCAGUACUCUUGCCUCCGUGUCCCGCCUGACUUGGGCCUUCGCGAAAGACAAGGGCCUCCCGUUCUCUGGAUUCUUCAGCAUUGUCCACCCUAAGCUGCGUAUCCCCUUGAACUCGCUCCUUUUGAUCGCGACUAUCGUCAUGGUCCUCAAUCUCAUCAAUAUCGGCAGUACAACAGCCUUCUUCGCCAUCCUGUCGCUAAACACUCUAGCCCUCUACAUCAGCUACAUUAUCCCGAUUAUCUUCUUUAUCAUCCAUAAGAUACGAGGCUUCCCCGUACCUUACGGGCCCUUUAAACUACCGCGCGGGCUCGGGCUCCCUAUAAACUUCCUCGCCGUCAGCUACGCUGUCUUCAUCAGUAUCUGGCUCCCCUUCCCCGCGGUCGUCCCCGUCAACGCCCAGACUAUGAACUACGGGGGUCCCGUCGUGGGGUUUGUCCUUCUCGUCGCCCUUGGGGAUUGGUUUAUCGGUGGGAGGAAGAGGUUCACCGUCCCCGUGGAUAUCUGUAACGCCGACGACGAGGGCGCCCAGAGCGAUUCCCCGUAA